GGGUCGAAUUCGAAUCAUCUCGUGGAUGAUGUCGUCGCUGUCGCUCGCCUUCCCCAAAUCGUUCCUCCGGAGCCCCUCCCUCCCUCGCCGCCGGCCUCCGAGCUGCUCCGUCGCCGUCGGCUCCUCGUCUGCGACGCUCUACGAUGUGCUCGGCGUCGCGGCCGACGCCACGGGCGUUGAGAUCAAGGUGGCGUACCGGAGGCUCGCCCGGUCGUGCCACCCGGACGUGGUGGCGGCCCAGGGGAAGGGCGCGUCGGCAGCGGACGAGUUCAUGCGCGUCCGCGCGGCCUACGAGAUCCUCUCAGACCCAGAGAAGCGCGUCGACUACGACCGAAGGGUUAAGUCGGUGGUGUUCACUGCGCUGAGGACGUCUUGGUGCUCCUCCCAGGACCGCCGCCCACGGACAUGGGAGACGGACCAGUGCUGGUAGCAGAAGAAGAGCUGGAUCUCAAACCAUUGAGCCCCUUAUUCUUCCUUGUUAUGUACAUAUCUUCAAGGGUGUUGACAGCCUUCUCUCAUCACGCAACAUAGUAAGGAGGCAUCGUUUAACUGUAAACUCCGACUCAAUAGAUAGAAAAGAAAGGAAUACUAGAAGGGGCAAAUUCUGAAACCUGGGGGCGGUCACUCUCAUCGUCCCUUGGCCACUGGGGACAUGCAAAAGACAGCGUGAUCAAGUCGUUGAUCGGCCGUCCCCUUCCAAUUGGCUGCGACUCUUCUUACUGGAUUUUUUUAAUGAUUAUAAUAUGCUAUGCAAACAGCAAUUAAAUAUUAUUUCUUCCCACACGUUGUGGCUGAUUGGAGCCACGUCGGCAUGGUCUAGAAUCAAUCAAAUCCGUUUCAAUCAAAAUUUUUUAAAUAAAUAAAAAUAUCUGUAUUAAAUUAAA